GCCCAGAUGCCAACCCCCACGUAUCACGCUGCUUCUCUCUUUUCCUCGGUCACGACCAUCUUGAGCAGCGUUGAGCCGUCUUCUGCCCAUGUGGUCGAGGGUUUGUCGGCUCUGGAAGGAUUUUACCUGUAUUGUAGCACUUUAACCGCCCGGGUCGGCUUCAUAUCCCUCCCAGAUGGUUUGCUGGCCAUCCGCCAUAAGAUCUGAUGCACAGAGGAUCUCGUCAGGGUAGUGUCAGGCUGCUUGGUGGCAGUUCACAGCACUCCGCAUGUGAUUGAAACAUGAGCUCUUAUGCUCAAGCUCGUUAGUGACUCCAAGGGACCAUGUCUGCUUUGUAGUAGUCUGACUGGCUCAUGCCAGCGAGAAGUACUCGUGUCAUAGAAAUUGGUCCGCUGAAUGCAAAUCCGGACGAUUGCUUUCUUACGAUCGCAAACUACUACAUAGGAAGCCCAAGCACCUUCAUAGAGCUGUCGUCUACUGUCGACGACAGGUCAUACAUCCGCAGCAUGCGCCACCAUACCUCCCAUAUGAACACACCCGCGCUGCACGCGUAUGAGAAAGGCGUGACGCUUUAUGGCAUUAGGCAGUGAUCGUUGCACGUACUUACAUUGAACAAAGC